GCCAGCUAUGACACGCACGCGUCGCGCGCGACUCAGUACCGCACGCGUACGUUCGUUCCACGUAACUUUAUUGUCACUUGAUAGAAUCGCGCGCGGCAAGUGAAAUGUGAGUGAACCCUGGACGUGUGUCGGUGUUUAAAAAUGCGCCCGCCGAAUCUGAAUGACAAUGACGCUCCGCCGGUGUGACAGCUUGCCCACGCGACUUCGGGAGGCGCCCGUCCCUGCCGGCACAGAACCCCGACCCCGACUCGAAAAAAUCUCAGACUCAAACACUGUCCCAAAUUUCAAAGACGCGCCUGAUCGCGACCAAGUUAUCGCAACUUGGAAGUCCCUUCACAAGGACGUCAAGAAAAUAAAAAAUGGCUUCCACGCAAAAAACGAACCAUCCAACCGGGGAGCGAACAAAAAGGAAUCCAUUACGAACAAUUUCAUUCCAGCUUUCGCGUGCAACAAUAGAAACAUUCGAAGGAAAAUCACUUAUGAUAAUCGACAGGUCGGGGCCAACCAUGAGGCGGACCGAAGUGGAUCUUUCCCUUUGGACCCUGGCCAAGCAAAGUCGAUGGACCGAGGCGCAGCGCGCAAAAAGACUCUAUUGCAGCGGCUUCUCACCUGGAGAGCGCAGGAGUGCGAUUGCCGAGAAAAGUACGUACCUAAACGGCCGUCGCCGAGGAUUACUGCCGAAGACUUGUUGUGUACCUGUGGUGCUAGUGCUGUGCGCUUCCAAAUUCCGGACAAGAGCUCUCAAUUUACAGAGCGCGGGCGGUCUAAGAGUGUUGGUUAUGAAGCUGCAAGAGAAGUGACUCAAUUUCGACGGUGCGCUAGUGCUGGUGCUACGGUGGGCGCGGAGACGGCGGCAGCUCUGAGAGCACGCGCUGCUCUGACGCUAGCGCGGCGAUACUACCCAGAAGGCGGGUGGGGAUGGACCAUCACGGUGGUUGGAACCAUCGUGCAGGUGCUCUCGCACGGCCUGCAGCUGGGCGGCGGACCAGGCGCCAUCGCCUGUACCGCUGCCGUCAAAUAUAGAGUAUCCCCUCUUUAUACACAUGGAUGCCUGGGCGCAUUGUCGGCGGGCGUGGCGCUUGCGCUGUCGCCAGUGACGGUGGCGCUGUGCGUGCGCAAGUCGACGCGCGUCACCGCCGUAGUGGGGGGACUGGUUGCGGCUCUCGGCUGCCUCUUCACCUCCUUCGCCACGCAGUUCCACCAACUGUUCUUCAGUUAUGGCACCGUGGUAGGCGUUGGCGUGGGUUUAACAAGAGACUGCUCGACGCUGAUGGUGGCGCAGUACUUCAAGCGGAGACGAGAGCUGGUGGAGAUCUUCAUCGUCAGCGGCAGCGGGCUCGGCAUCGCCGUCAUGUCUACCUUCAUCAAAGGUGUUAUCAGAGCAAUUGGCUGGCGACUAGGACUGCAGGCUGUGACUGGGGUCGUGUUCGUGACCUUCAUACUGGGCACAUUCUACCGUUCAGCUUCACUCUACCACCCGCAACGGCGAGCCAUCCUCCACCUCAAGAAUCAGAAUAAAAUCAAGAGGAAGAUGAAGGAUAAGAACAAGUCCGACGACAGACAACCCUUCUUUGACUUCUCUACGCUAAGGUCCAAGACUGUCCGAAUCCUGUUAAUGUCUACCGGGAUAUCAGCAUUUGGGAUCAAUACGCCAAUAUUUUAUUUAGCUUAUCACGCUGAGGAAGAAGGUCUAGGCGACACAGCGGAGCUGCUUCAAGCAUACCUAGGUUUAGCCUGGGCAGUGGGCUGCGCGGCGUUUGGAUUGCUAGUGCGACAGAAUUCAGCGGAGUGCAGAAUUGCGCGCCAGUAUCUCACACAGGCAGCAGUCUUCGUCUGUGGACUGGCCACCAUGGCUUUGACUGCUGUGGAGGGAUCCUAUAGGGGAUAUGUUAUGUUCGCGUGGAUUUAUGGUAUAUUCUGCGGCGGGUACCACUACUCUCUGAAGAUGUACACGUACGAGCGAGUGCGGUCCCGCAACUUUGCCCGUACGUGGGGCUUCGUGCAGUGCUCGCAAGCUGUGCCCAUUGCUAUAGGAGUGCCACUAUCAGGGUACAUAAACGUGGGUUGCGGCGGUAAGGCGGGAUACUACUUCAGUUCAACUUGUUCCCUCAUCGGAUCACUCUCCCUAUUCUGUAUCGACCUGCAUCGCCGCAGCGUCGCACAUAAACAAACCAAAGAAAAUGGCGGCACGGCAAACUGCGAUUCCGCGUGCGGGCCGUCUCGGCGCAGUCGCAGCCGCGAGCGUGACCGGGAGCCGCGGGCCGCCGCGGGCGCCGCCACUGCCUUAGUUCUAGGAGCAGAAUUAGUAGCGCCGGGUCGCGCAGGUCGUGACCUGUUACUGGACAGCAUUGGCCCGGGGUCACUGGGGUCGCCGCCAGCCAACGUGCCUCCAGAACUGACCUGCAUCAGCGAGGAGGGCGGUCUCGACCUGGACCUGGACCUCGACAUACCGGAACAUUUUCUGGAGGAUCUGGAGUGCGGCGGUGACUGUAUCACUAGUUGUAACAAGGUGGAAAACUAUCUGAUGCUAAGCGAGUAUGAGAACAACUUGAUAGCAGAGUUGCCAACAUUGAACGAGCGGCGCGGGCGGCGCUGGUCCGUGGUGGUAGGCAACCCCAACCCCGGCCUACCCGACCACAACCGCACACCAGAACACAAGAACUCCCUCAAAUGGAAGAAAAAGUGCCAUAACUCCAACAACCGACUCAUCACAGUGAUCAACGAGGCCUCGCUAUAAAACACCUAGUGAAAUAAUGUGGAGACAAUAAAUAGAAAUUAGUGUACCUAUUUAACCUCAUUAAUUUAUUUGAUG